AUGCCUGUUCACUUGUCUUGGAAACGUCGUGAAGAAGGAACUGAUCAUUGGAGUGUUAAAAAUCAUUUUCCAAUUCCUUUCUCGAGCGAGCUUCAUCAACACUUGGAACAGUUGAAUUUAAAGAUGCCUCUCGGAGUGGUUGAAACCACUUUGGGAGAACAAUUUUAUUUCCAGAGGAUCAACCACAAUGAGUUCUUGGGACAUCACAAUUUAGCUUUAAUCGCUGAAAUUAAGUUUAAGAACAAUUCUCAUAACCAUGAAUUGUCACUAAAAAUUACACAAAGCGAUGUCACAAACAAAGUCAAUGUUGUCACAAAUGAUUGCAUUCAACAUGACAACACAACUAUAGAUGAAGCUCAAGCGUUGAAAGAGAAAUGCGAAAAAUGCUUUAGUAUUUUGAAAUAUAGACAUCCUCUCUUGUGCUCAAUUCCUACACUAAACGAUUCUGUGUUGAACAAGAAAUUUGGCAAGAGAAUAUUAACGCCGGAAACAGCUAAAGAUAUUUGGGAAAGAGAAAUUAUUCUAACACCUGGUUCCAUUCAGUUUGAAAUUGUAGAGAAUGCUACCGUCGACAUUGAAAUUAUUAAGAACGAAGAAGAAUUGCAAGGAGACACUUCUUGUUCUAUUCAAAAUGAGGACGACUUACUCUGUCACAUCAUGCAACGUGAGCUGAAAAAUUCGUGGAACUGCUUAAAACCGAAUCGGGUUAGCACCAUGUGGAAAAUACUUUUGUUGAAACCAACAUCUGCUGAAGGGAAAUGGUUGUGCUGUUUUUCGUUUUUUCAUGCCAUUGCUGACGCGCAAGGCAUUAAACACUUUUUGGAAGAAUUUGCGGCAAUUUUUGAUUAUGUUCUUGGAGAACAGGAUCAAAAAACAGAGCAAGAAUUAGAAGAAGUGAGAACGAAAGCAUUGAAUGAUAUCAUCUCUGUGACACCAAUUUCCCCAAUACAAGCCCUUAUUCAAUUGGAUUCUCUUCGCCCCUCAAAACCGAGUCCUCCUCGAACUCUCAGACGAACAAGACCUUUUAAAACAGAUGUUGCUGUCGACCUUGAUAUGGGUUCAAGCUCUUUACAGACAUCCUCAAGAUCUCCAUCCACAAAUGCUUUUCCAACAUCUUCUUCAACUUGGAGUGAGAGAUCCACUAACGACGUGCCCAAUAACAAUUCAAGAACACAUCAUCAAGCCAUUAAGGACUUUCCGGUCAUGUUAGGGAAAUGGGGCAAAAUAGUAGAGUAUUCAAAAUUCGUUGGUCGAGUCAUUUCCUACAAUGGCCUUUCUCCCACCAUUACUUUUCCGCUGCAACAACCUUCCUUUCCAAAUCCCUCUUUCACAAAAGUGAAAUUGCUGAAAAUCCCUAAAGAAUUUUUUGAGAACCUCUUAAACAUCUCCAAACAACAACAAUUGACAAUGACGGCUCUUCUACAUGCAAUAUGCACUCUCGCAUGGACACUCUCGAACAGAGAGAGAAAUGAAAAAUCCAAAAACAAGUCCAAGUUUGGAUUUACUAAUUCCAUCACUGUUGACUUUAGAGAAGGAUUGUUGAUACCUCUUGGAAAAUGUAUGAAAGUGUUUCGUAAUUUCAGCUGUACCAUGUUAACCCCUGUAAAGCUUUCUCUCCCUCGAGCUUUGUUACACGAACAAAAUGAAAUUUUCAUUAAGGAAGAGAGUCUAGUUCACAACGUUUGUGAGAAUUCAAUAUCAUCCAACAACUAUACAAAGUCACAAAAAACGAACGACAUGAAUGAUCCUUUCUCUCAGAAUCACCUCUUGCGGAGUACUUUGAGGGAUCAUGAGCUCACCAUUCAUCACAAGAAACACCAUCAUGAAGAUUCUCGCAAUCUAAGAGAUGUCAUUCUAGACAUUGCUCACCAAACGAAACAUCAUUUGGAACACAAGUAUCAUGAUUCUCUAGCCGUCUAUCAAAUCGUACACAAGUUUCUUAAAUUUAAUAUCAGCCAAAAAGAAUCCUUUCAAAUAGUACUGAGCAAUAUUGGAAUUGUCGAACCAUUGGUUGGGCGAAGAGUUCGAUUUGAGCUGCUUGCUGCUUCGUAUUCUGCUUGCGGCUCUACGACUGGGCUUUCAAACGUUUUUCACACAAAUCCAAAGAGUGGAGAAAUGACCAUUUCUCUGUGUUAUUCCAAUGCCCUGGUUGAGGAUUAUGUCAACCGAUAUGCCAGCUCAAUUAUGGAAUGUAUUAAGGAACUGGUUCAUGACCAUGAAACAACAACAGUCAUGAAUCCAUCAAUUCCUUUUUCGUCUCCAGAGAAUAAUCAUCCUCAUGCUGAACCAAGUUGUAAAGGUGAGAAUCAACAAGAUCUUUCUCAUGGCAUCACUCAAAGAAAUUUGGAAGUAAGUCUUAGUGCUGGUCACGUUCCUCUCAAUAACAACAACGAAAAUCAAAGUUCACAUGAAAGCGCCUCAAGUUGUGUUCAAAUUGAUGAAUCUCAAUCUCAAUACUGA